AUCACAUUACCCAUUAACGGGGGAGCUUACGAUAGCAAGUUCCCGAAAACACGUAAGCGAGUGUGUUUGGACUGGUUUCCUCUCCAUUCGCGUGCCCUUCUUUUUCGCUUACUGUCAGAUCUCUCUAUCUCUGUUGUCUUAACUUUUUAUGACUCUCUCUAGUCUAGUCUAAUCUCUCCUUUCUUUCUUUGCCCAUUUCUCUCUCUCUCUGGUCCUCUAUUACCGUGUGCUCUCUCUCUCUCUCUCUCUCUCUCUCUCUCAUUCAUUCUCAGAGUGUAGGCAGGGAUAUUUCUCUCUCUAGGGUUGUGAGUAUUUUUUUUAGCGUUUUCCUUCCCAUUUUGGUUUUUAAAGUUCCAUCUCUGUUUCAUCUUCCAAGAGAUGCGUCGAAGACGAAGCUACCUUCUCAGUUACUAAGGGAAAUAAAUGGCGUGCGUUUUGGGAUUUUCUGACAUCAAGAAAAUUCCAUGAUACAUUAUGAGGAGUUUAAGUUUGAGGCCAUGGGCAGUGGUGUUUGCAUCUGGAAAUGAAGGAGAGGCAGCGUUGGAGAUCUGAAGAGGACGCUUUGUUACGUGCGUAUGUCAAACAAUAUGGCCCUAGGGAGUGGAACCUUGUGUCACAGCGCAUGAACACAACUCUAAACAGGGACGCGAAAUCCUGCUUAGAAAGGUGGAAGAACUACCUCAAACCUGGCAUAAAGAAGGGAUCCCUCACUGAAGAGGAGCAGCGUCUUGUCAUCCGCCUUCAAGCCAAACACGGCAACAAAUGGAAGAAAAUCGCAGCUGAAGUCCCAGGUCGUACUGCUAAGAGACUAGGCAAGUGGUGGGAAGUGUUCAAGGAGAAGCAGCAGAGGGAGCAGAAGGAGAACAACAAAACAGUUGCUCCAAUCGAGGACGGAAAGUACGAUAGGAUUCUUGAGACUUUUGCAGAGAAGCUAGUGAAAGAGCGCAAGGCCCCAGCCUAUCUCAUGGCCACUUCCAAUGGCGGUUUUUUGCAUUCGGACCCACCUGCUCCUGCACCAGCUUUGCUACCUCCAUGGCUUUCUAAUUCCAAUGGCACCUCCACAGUCAGGCCACCCUCCCCUUCUGUGACCCUCAGCCUCUCUCCCUCAACUGUUGCGGCCCCUCCUCCAAUCCCAUGGUUGCAGCCUGAUAGAGGACCGGAUAAUAACUCUCUUGUUUUUGGAAAUUUGCAGCCUCAAGGUUCGGUCCCUGGUUGUGGAGAGAGCAUGCUGAUAUCUGAGUUGGUGGAGUGCUGCAGAGAUUUGGAAGAAGGGCACCGUGCGUGGGCAGCACAUAAGAAGGAAGCAGCCUGGAGGUUAAGAAGGGUAGAGCUGCAACUUGAAUCAGAGAAGGCAUGUCGGAGAAGGGAGAAGAUGGAAGAGAUCGAAGCAAAGGUGAAGGCUCUUAGGGAAGAGCAAAAGGUUGCUUUGGAUAGAAUUGAAGCAGAAUACAAGGAACAAUUGGUGGGACUAAGGAGGGAUGCAGAAGCCAAAGAGCAGAAGUUGGCUGAACAAUGGACUUCAAAGCACUUGCGUCUUACCAAGUUUCUUGAGCAGAUGGGCUGCAGACCCAGGCUUUCUGAACCUAAUGGCCGAUGAGGAAGAUCAAUAUACACAGCGGGGGUGGUUGUGUAUCACGUCUGUCUUAAUCCUUAGCUUUUUUCUGCACUGAUAUCUUGUUUGCUUGAUCAUGUGUCCAUUCUCCUCUGAAGUUCCUAUCAUAGGUGUUUAUUUAUCAUUUCUGUCUACUUAUAGGUUGGAAUGAAUGAAUGUAAGGAAGCAAUCGCUGAACCUGCUUUACUUGCAUUUUUUUCCCUUUUAGCUGUAUAUUAUAAUUAUAUUCCAAAUGUUGCUUUAUUCUUUUUUCUCUUUCCCCUCCCCCCCUUUCGAGAGAAGGAUAAUCUGGUUCAUAUGCUUAGUAUUGAUUUUGGUUGAAUGAAUAUGAUGAAAAUAUGAUCUUUAAUGAA